CAACGUCAAGACAAUGCCUGAGGAAUAUCGCCACAGCAGCACCAACGAACCACUGUACCACCAGCCUCCCACAGCACUCGACCCACAGGACAGGUACCAGAGCAGCUGUGUGACAGGUGAAGUACCAGGUCUGGUCACUGCUGGUAACUCCCUAACUUCUCCCUAUUUCUCACAGCACCAGCUACGAAUGGGCCAGGGCUCCGGCCGAAGAUUUUCGCCACUUCGGUUGCCUCUGGGAGCCUCGAAGUCGUCCUGGCGAAGGUGUUCCUGGCGGUGUACCACAGUAGUCUUUGUCUGUGUCACUCUCUGUCUCGCCGCGACCACCACUUUCUUCGCCAGUGAGUAUUAUCCCUUCGUCAGUGAGUAUUACCCCUUCGUCAGUGAGUAUUAUCCCUUGUAUUAUCCCUUCGUCAGUGAGUAUUACCCCUUCGUCAGUAUUAUCCCUUCGUCAGUGAGUAUAUCCUUCGUCCCGUAUUAUCCCAUCGUCAGUAUUAAUCCCUUCGUCAGUGAGUAUUAUCCCUUCGUCAGUGAGUAUUACCCUUCGUCAUAA